GACGCUUUGACACAGGCAAUUUGACCUGCUACAUGAUUCUCCAGGUCCCUGUUUUCGAAGUUAAUAACAGUAACAUUGUUACAAACUUCAUCAAAACUCUUCAAACUGACAACUACCGAUAGGUAAAAUCCAUUUUUUGAUUUGAAGUUUUAACUCUGUCGUAUCUUUUUCAUCUAAAAUGUGCUAAAUGUAAACAAAGAUGAGGACGAGAGCCAGAAUUUUUAUGUGAUUUUUUGGAGAGUGAAGUUAUUCAAAUGUCUUGAAUGAAUGCUUGUGUCCUACGUGCAUGUAAGCACGUUAGUAGAGUGGGACAAUGAGAUACUUUUGUUAUCUUAUCAAGACUGUGUUUUAAAGUUUGUCAAUGACAUUCUCUUGAUCCAUCUAGGACACCCAUUUAAGAAAUAAAUCACCCACAAUGGCAGUCGCUAAAUCAUUCAUCGAGGAAUAUACUGAACUCUUGAAGUGUGCUAUAUGUAUGGAGACAGUAAAGACACCAAAGUCGCUAAAAUGCCUACAUACAUUCUGUAAAGGAUGUUUGGGCACAUGGAUCAAAGAUGAAAAGGACAAUCGAAAAAAGACAUACCCUUGUCCAGUAUGUAAGCGUAAAAAUGCCGUUCCUGCAAAAGGUGCAAGAUCGUAUAUGACCAACUUCACCAUGAAGUCAAUGGCUGAAGCUCUAGAAAAGGCCAAACAAGAAGAUGAGAAAGACAUUGAAUGUGACACAUGUAUGCAGGGUGAAGAGCAUUCAAGUGCUGUUGCCAGAUGUGUUGAAUGUGCCGAAUAUUUGUGUGAAACCUGUCAGAAGUAUCAUGGUAGAAUGAGAUCAACAAAAUCUCAUAAGUGCAUAAAAUUGACUGGUGAUCUGGAGAAAGAUUCCAAGAUUGUGAUAGACAGCCUGGUUCACAGAAACAUUGAAUGUCCAAAGCAUACUGACCAGCCACUCAAGUUCUACUGUAAGACACAUAAAACCCCUGUUUGCAGAGACUGUUGUAUGACAGAUCAUUCGGGGCAUCCAUGUGUGAACAUUGAAGAUGUGGCAAAGGAAGAAUUGCACAAGAUAUCUACAGUGAUUGGACUAGCCAUUCAGAAGAAAGACUUGCUUGAAAGUAAACUCAGAACAGCGUUUAAUCUAACCGAAAUCCAAGGAGAAAAAUUCAAAACACUUCUUCGCUCCAUUAAAUCUGAUCGAAGGGCUGCACAGGAUGAACUCAAUAAACACUUUAAGAAACUUGAAAGUGAUGCAAAAGACUUGCAAAAUAAAACUGUAAAACAGAUAAAAUCUCAUACAAGUGGCAUAGAACACCAGAAAGGUGUCACUGAGAGUACAUUACAUCACAUAACUUCUCUACAGAAAUAUGGACAUCCCAUUGAAAUCAUCAACUCAAGAGCUGACGUAGAACAAACACUUCAAAACUGGAGCGCAAUAUCUUCAACUUCAGACUUAGACGCUCUUGAAAAAGAUAUACAAAUAGUUCGAUAUAAACAUCGUUGCUUGGAUACAACUAAACUUGGACAUAUUAUCUCAACAACUGAUAAUGCACAUACUAAUAGGGCCUCAGUGACAUCUAUAAAACAUAAGAGGAAAAAAAUGGAACAUAAGAGAAGUCCAAAACUAUGUACAUGUUUUCGAAACUUACACAGAACUAAGAAUUUGGAAGACAAUGGUACAUUAUCUGCUAUUCCAAAGCAAUGUACUCCAAAGGUAUACAGAACUGAACAUUUGGUAGACAUUAGUGAUACAAGUGAACUCUCUGCUAUUCAGGGUUUAUGUGUUGGUAAAAGUCAACAAAUUGUAGUCAGUGAGAUGCCAAAUGAUGAAGAGUCAAGGAUUGUAAUGUACGUAAACAAUGGUACAACAUUGAACAAACACACAGCAAAAGAAAUCAAUGGCAAUGGAGUGUGUUCUGUGAAAGACAAUUACUACGCUGUAGCUGGUCAAAUGAACAAAUGUGUUGCCAUUUAUAAUGAAGACUUGGUACAAGAGAGAAGUAUUUGGAGAUUUGAGAAUCCUUCCCGAAUAUGUGUGAACUCUGAUGGAGAGCUGAUCAUCAGUGACCCUGAAGCUAAAUGCAUGUACAUUGUUGACUACAACGAUGGAUCCACUCUGGCUACAAUAGGCACAGGCCAAUUAGACUCUGUAAGGGAUCUCGCAACCAACAGCACGUAUGCAGUCAUUGCCUCAGACUAUGAAGCAAACUGUGUAAAAAUGUUCAACAGGAAAGGUGACCUAAAGUUAAGCUAUGGCACCAAGGGUAAUGGUGACCAUCAACUCAACUACCCAUGUGGACUUAGUAUAGACUCGCAAGGCAACAUUAUCAUAGCUGACUGUCACAACAGUAGAAUUCACAUGUUAGAUCCAAGAGGGAAGUUUAUCAAGUAUCUCCUGACCCCAGAGGACAAUGUUAAUUGCCCAGUUGUACUUGCCAUAGAUCACAAUGGUGACCUGCUGGUUGGCACUGAUAGUGGAGACCUCCACUUCAUAAAAUACAUGGCUUAAUAGUCAUACUGAGAACCAUAGACAUUUACAUUGAAUAUGUAAAUUAAUCACAUCACAGUAAAAUUAAGAACUUUUUAAUAUAAAGCAACAUUAAAAAUUGAACACUUCUAAUCCAGUUGACUUCUAUCUUAUGAAGAUGCCAAUAGAGCUAAAUGAUUUUAGCAAUUCCAUACAGCAUUCACUGUAGAACAUUUUUAGUUGUGCACACAGAUUAGAUAGGGUCUCUUGAAGUUUUAACCAUUGGUGUAAAGGGUUAGAGAUGAAACUAUUAUAUUUUGUAGACUUGGUAUGAUAGACUGAUAGUUCACAUUUUGUAUAUAAUAAACAUUAUAUCACAUAAAUAUCUAAUAUCUAUGAUCUUCUAUCAUACUUUAUUUCCCAUCAUUUUAUUGUCAUCAAUACUUCCUAAAAAUAAUUCAGUAAUUUUCCCAGCAUUGAAACAAGUAGGAGAUGCACCUAGGCUUAAACCCGCUUGAAAAGUGGAUUGCACUUAUAUAUUUUUGAAAAUAAGGAAGUCCUUUGUUGUCAGAAUUGUGCAAAUAAUAACUGCAUACACUUCCUGUGUAUGUGGAACACAUUCAGUUAUUCAGUACCUGAAAAUGGUCUUUCACUUUGAAAGUGUUCCACUUGGAGAGGUUCAUUUCAUAGUAGACUCUAAAGUGAAUGAGAUGGAUAAUGUUACUGAAGAGAACAGAAAUGUUUUUAAAAUUUUCAAAACCAUUUUUAGAUGUAGUUUUAUGUGUAGCUUUCAAAUACACUUUGCCUAAAUUUUUAACAUCAAAUGACUAAAAUCAGGAUUUUUUUCUACUUGCAUGUAGUCUAUUGAACACGUUUUUCAUUUUACACAAGUGGAAUAUGCUUUAUUAGUUUAUUAACUGGGUUAUAGUUCCCAGUUGAGGAAACAAAAGUGUAUUUAUUAUCUUGAUCUAGUGUUUCGGAUAAUAUAUUUUAUUCACAAAAUAAAAAAUUG